AGCGCGCGGAGGGAUCCGCCGGGGCCGCGCCUCCCCGCCCCGUCCCGCCCCCGCCUCCUCCCGCCGGCUCCGCUGCCGCCGCGGCGGCCGCUGCUGCCGCCGCCGCCGCCGCCUGGAUAUAGUGCGGCAAGGCGCGGAGCUUGCAGUCACUUUGCGAGGAGGAGCGCGCGGCGGGCUGCGGGCGGCUGGGGCACCCGGGAGCGGCGGCGGGCUAGCAGAGGCGGCCGUGGCAGCGGAAGGUUCUCUCUCCGGGGCUGGACUUAAUAACUUUGGAACUGUCCGCCGGUGUCACGUCCUGAACAUGAGCCUCCUCCUCUCCUUCUACCUGCUCGGGUUGCUUGUCAGGAGCGGGCAAGCUCUUCUUCAAGUGACAAUUUCACUUAGCAAAGUAGAGCUUAGUGUGGGUGAGUCUAAAUUCUUCACAUGUACAGCCAUUGGUGAGCCUGAGAGUAUCGACUGGUAUAACCCUCAAGGAGAGAAGAUCAUUUCAACGCAGAGGGUUAUGCUACAGAAGGAGGGUGUCAGGUCACGACUCACCAUCUACAAUGCAAACAUAGAAGAUGCAGGGAUAUAUCGCUGUCAAGCGACAGAUGCCAAAGGACAGACACAAGAAGCUACAGUAGUUUUGGAAAUUUACCAAAAACUCACCUUCAGAGAAGUGGUGUCCCCUCAAGAGUUCAAGCAAGGGGAGGAUGCAGAAGUGGUUUGCAGAGUGAGCAGUUCCCCAGCCCCUGCGGUCAGCUGGUUGUACCACAAUGAGGAAGUCACCACCAUCCCCGACAAUCGGUUUGCAGUGCUUGCAAACAAUAAUUUGCAGAUCCUCAAUAUCAAUAAAAGUGAUGAAGGUAUAUACAGAUGUGAAGGAAGAGUGGAGGCGAGGGGAGAGAUUGACUUCCGGGAUAUCAUUGUUAUUGUUAACGUUCCACCAGCAAUCAUGAUGCCCCAGAAGUCCUUCAAUGCUACAGCAGAGAGAGGAGAAGAGAUGACCUUAACAUGCAAGGCCUCGGGCUCCCCAGAUCCAACCAUCUCUUGGUUCAGGAACGGCAAACUCAUUGAAGAAAAUGAAAAGUAUAUUUUAAAGGGCAGUAAUACAGAGCUCACUGUCAGGAACAUAAUCAAUAAAGACGGGGGCUCUUAUGUCUGCAAAGCAACAAACAAGGCAGGAGAAGAUCAAAAGCAGGCCUUCCUUCAAGUCUUUGUACAGCCUCAUAUAUUACAACUUAAAAAUGAGACAACAUCUGAGAAUGGUCAUGUCACACUCGUAUGUGAAGCAGAAGGGGAGCCUGUUCCAGAAAUCACAUGGAAAAGAGCCAUAGAUGGAGUCAUGUUUUCUGAAGGUGAUAAGCUACUUCUUUCACACGGGAUUCGCCGUCUUCAUGGAGGUAACAUCAGCUCAAUAUUCAUUUUGUCAUCUUUCAAGUAUAGGCUUGUACCUUUCACCACUUUGCUUAUUUUUCCAACUGUCCUUACUCCAGACCGACUUUGUGGAUAUACAACUCUAAAGUGAUCCAGGAGUAGUAAAUGUACAUUUGUACAUCACCCUGAAAUUUGGCACAAUUUUUAACAUGAAACAUCAAUUUCUCUUUAUGUGCUUUCUUGUAAAUGGCUGCUGUACUAUAGUAUUUUUUUUCUUGCAGUAUAGACAAACAAUACCUACAUGGUGCACUCCUUCCAUUUUCAAGUCACCUUAGUUGAUAUACUGAAUAUCGGCUCUACUAGUAUUGACUAUAAUUUGCUGUCAUUUUCUCUAAGCUUGGGAGUCUAAUGCCUUUGCUCUUCUUGGUACUUUUAUAUCUCCAGAACCUGGAAUAGUGUCUACAAUAUAUCUUUAGUAAUAUAUACAUUAACAUCAAGGAAAAGGUGGAAAUAGCGAUGCAUAUUGAAAAAGGUUUUGAGAGCUCUGUGAUCAUACAUUAGUGACAUACAGCUGCUAUCACUUUUUUAAGGUUUAGAAUGGUGUCAGAGUACAAAAGUACCAUUUGUUAUAUGUGAAAUCGUUUAUAAAUACUGUAUUUGAUUCUUCUGUUUUUCUGUAAACUAUUGAUUGUAAAUAUUAAGAAAAGAUUGUAUAUGUAAGCCAAGAAAAUGGUACUACACCCUAUGAAAAGUCAUAUUAGGCAUUUUUAUUGCCUGUACUAUCCUUUAUUACACAUAUUUAUGAUUCUAACAUGAAAAGUAAUUACACAAAAGGUCACUUCAUAAAGGGAAAAUAGAAAGUAAAUUAAGAAGCACCAAGAAAGCCAAGAGGAAAGAAAAUUAAUGCUAAUAGUAUACAGAGACCUUAAACAGAACAAAGAGAAGGUUUCUGCUUAAAAUUCAUGGUACAACUACUAGAACUGGUUAAUGAAAUAUUCAUAUAAUUUUUAAAAAUUAGGCAGCUCAUUGGUAAUAAGCUUUGGAGUGUGUUCCUACUGAUGUAUUUAGCAGUUUCACUUUGCUUUAUGUCUAAAUAUUUGAAACCAAGUUUAAUUGACAUCAAUAUAGUUAGUUGCAAUGCUGUUAUAAAAUGAGGAUAGCUACAGGGAUGUAUAAUUGGGUCCAGUCUUCUACAUUUUCCUCGGGUCCUCUAGGCAGACAGUCUCUGUACCUCUCUGAAUCAGAAGAAUAGGUCUCAUGACCUGGUUCUCUUAUGUACACCAGAUGUGUUCUUUGGGUUCUUUUGCAUGUCCUGGAUGUAUUGACUUUGAAUUCUUUUCUCCACACCACCCAGUUAUCAUCAUUUGUAUAUCUUAGCCCACAUUUAUGUGUUUGGAGAACACUAGUCGGAUUCUACCACAUUCAUCUCUGUGAUAAAAUUAAUUUUUAUUACACUUGGAAAUUAAUACACUGAUUCUCACUUAAGUGGGAAUGUCACUAAGGAUAAAGAAUAUUCCAUUUCUUCUCAACACUGUAUGUGGAGAAUCUGAUUUUCAUAGAAUAAGUGAAUAAAAGCUUCCGAGGGGAUGAAUGGGUGAAAUGAUUCAUAGAGCUCUCAAGUUCCAAAGGACUGCAUAACUGUCAUCAGAGUGUAUUGGAAGCUGAAACUGGAGAAGCCAGAGUUAAAAGACAGCCUGGGACUUAGAGUAAGACCUUGACAAUAAAUAAGUAAGCACAGAUUCAUACAGAAGGAACAGGACUAAAUGCACUGAAAGUUUUCAAAGAUGUGAUAUAAAACAAGACAAAACGGUAUGUGUAUCUGUCAUGUCAGAUACCCUCUAUGUGACACAAUGAUUCUAAAUGUACAAUCUAUGUCAACAUCAGAUAACAUACAUGUAUGUUUAGUUUUUAUUCAUUAUUUUGAAGAAGAGGGUACUUUUCAAAAUUUCAAUCGAUUUACAGUAACAAUUACUGAAAAUAUUAGAUUUUUAACUAAAUCAGGAUGAUAGCUAUUCUCUGGUCUUUCAAUAAUAUAUUGUUGAAAUAAUAGUAAGCUCUAUGUGUAAAAGUUUUACAUAAUUACUGAACUGUUACACAAUAAACCUCUUUUAAACUGACCUUCAAGAAAGGCAAAGAUUGAAUCAAAGUGCAAGAAUUUCAUUUCUAUGAAGGACAAAAAUGAUAAUGUUCAGGCAGACACUUGGCUUUCUAAUCAUCUUACUUAAUUCAGUGGUAGACCCUGGAAGAACUAGAUAGGGAGCUAAAAUGCCCAUUAACCUGUCACAAUCAAAUAUCAGAUGUCUUAAAUGAAUCUUCAGGCAGUGUUGAAUCAAAGCCAAGAUAUAAAUGAAUUUUCUUUUAGGUUUGUGUAAUGCCUUUUUGUAAUACAAAGAAGAGAUGUCCUUUGGAAUGUCAGAUAUAGGAAGUAAUGACUUUGGUUUUCUAGUCAGAUGCCCGUAGUGAACUUUACGGAGACUAAGUUAAUUCUGAAAAUGACUUAAUUUUCAAUGAAUCAUAUAUUUUAAUGUAUUUCUUAAAAUAAAAUGUGUACUUUGUUUCUAUAGUAAUGUGGGAAAUCAACAUUUUUACCAUUGGGUUGACGUUAAUUUAACAUACACUAAGGACUUCUUAAUUCAAAUUCUAUAUGAUCUAAUAUUGGUUAUAAAAAGAGAUUGUUUAAUUGUGGGGAAUAAUUAAUCACUUUUCAUAAUUUAGUUAAUAAUGCAAUGCAGUAAUAGAAUAAGGUGUUGGGUUUUGGCCUGAAUUUGUCUAUGUACCAUGUGCAUAUAGUGACUAUGGAUGUCAAAACAAGAUUUUUAGGUCUCCUGGGACUGCAGUUACAGACAGUAGUGAGUAGCAAUGUCAGCCCUGCAACGUGAGCUUGGAUCAUCUUGGAGAGUACCCAGUGCUUGUUCCUGUUUAAUGAACUCUCCGGCAGCAUUAUAUGCAUUGUUAACAAUAUAACAUGUUGCUACGUUCAAAUAUAGUCCAUUGCAGUUUUUUAACCAAAAAUAAAUUACAACAGAAUUGUUCUUCUAUUUACUCUAAUAAAUUUUAUGAUUACUUAAUUUGUUUCCAAACAUAAUAGAAUAUAUUUUUCUAUUAUAGGCACUGUUCUAUGGCCAUAAAUAUGGCCAUAAAACAAAACUGUAAUUUCUCACAUUCAUUCAAUAUUAGCUUUAUUGAAUGUUGUAGGGUCUGUAGAUUGGAAAAUCACUUAGUAAAAGCAUUUGUCCCAAUCAAACUAUAGAGGUCAAAAGUGCUAUAACUCAUUUUUUUUUUAAAAGCAAGCAAGACUGUUGAACAGUAAAUAGUAUCUGUUCAAUAAAAUUAAACAAUAGGGGAAUCUUGCAGUGUAAAUAUGGAUAAUAGCAAUAAAGGUGAAAUAGUUUGAGACAAGGAUGUUAGAGUCUUAGAGAAAGCACAUGAUAUUCAGGACAGUAAAAGGAAUUUGAAAUAAUUUGAAUUGAUAGUAUUCAAAUUAUAAAAUGUACUCGAACAGAAAGGUGAUAACACAUGAGGUUCUUAACUGUCAGACUGAAGGAGUGGAGUUUUACUUGGGAAGUGAUGAUAUUUGCAGUUAUACAGGCAAGGUGAGAUGAAAUAUUCAUGAAGUUAUUAUGAAAAUAAAAAAAAAUAUGCUGAGAAAAUAUAUUCUUAAGAACACGGAGAAAUGCUUUCUGCAUUUGAUAUGGUUUUGGUCAGAAAAACAUAAGAAAUAUAUCUGUGUGUUUUGCACAGUUUGAAAGUCGUUCUGAGUAACAUUCAGCUAAAAAAUGUGCCUGUUCCCUCUUAAAUCAAGAGACACAUAUAAAUAUCCUUCAAAGAGGUGGGAGUAGAGAUUAAGUAGCUGUGCACAGUGUCGGAUUGACUGAUUGAAACAAAGUUGCUGGAAAGGAAAGGAGAAAGUUGAGGAAGGUGACAGGCUCAAAUAAGUCAACAUUUAGAAAAUACAUCAAUAAUUAAAUUUCCAAACCAAUCUAAGGCCAAGCAUUGAUACCAUAUAGGACAUGCCAAGAGUUCCUAUCAUGGAAAGAAAUUCAGAUGUCCCCAAGUUGUCUGAAGUAGAUAAUUCCAGACCUGUGUAACUGUUGGGUAGGGGGAAUAUAAUUGUGAUUGCACCAGGAAGAGAGGCAGAAGCACCUGAAAUUUGAGUGAAGCCUGGCCUACAUUGAAGACUAUCUCAAAACUAAGUGAAGAGUUUAAGUAUACCCCUGCUGAUUUGGAUGCAUAUCAAAUGCCAAUGCCCUUGAAGUAAGGGCAUCUUUUGGAGAUCCACAAGAGGAGAGGCCUUAGAAAGAAAAAGAAUAGAGAAAAUCAUCCGUUUACAUGUGAGCAAGGCUGGUGAAACAACAUAAGUAAGUGACGUAUGCUGAUUGAAAAGAUUAUAGAAUGCCCAAAGCCUCCUGGAUUGCUCCAAAGCCAGGGUCUGCUUGGAUAGUCUAAAGAGUAGCUAGCAACAGGCAAUUGUGGGCACCGUGAAAACCAAGUGUGGUACAUUUACACAAUGGAGUACUACUCAGCUAUUAAAAACAAUAGAUUAAUUAAAUUCUUAGGCAAAUGGGUGGGAAUAGAAAAUAGCAUCUUCAGUGAGGUAACCCAGUCACAAAAGAACAUAAAUCGUAUGCACUCAUUGAUAGGUGGAUGCUAGCCCAAGAGCUUGGAAUACCCCAGAUACAAUCCACAGAACACAUGGAGCUCAAGAAGAAGGAAGACUAAAAUGUGGGUGCUUCAGUCCUUUUUAGAAGGGGGAACAAAAUACUCAGGGGAGGAAAUAUGGAGACAAAGUGUGGAACAGAGACUGAAGGAAAGACCAUCCAUAGACUGCCAAACUGGGGAUCUAUCCCAUAUACAGACACCAAACCCAGACACUAUUGUGGUUGCCAAGAUGUGCUUGCUGACAGGAGCCUGAUAGGUUCUGAUAGCUGUCUCCUGAGAGGUUCUGACAGAGCCUGAUAGAGGCAGAUGCUCACAGCCAACCAUUGGACUGGGCAUUCCUCCAAUGGAGGAGUUAGAGAAAGGAGUGAAGGAGCUGAAGGGUUUGAAACUCCAUAGAAAGAACAACAAUAUCAACGAACCAGACCUCUUAGAACUCCCAUAGACUAAACCACUAACCAAAGAGUAUACAUGGAGGGGGGACACAUGGCUCCAGCUGCAUAUGUAGCAGAGGUGGCCUUACCUGGCUUCAAUGGAGGAGAGGUCCUUGUUUCUGAGAAUGCUUGAUGCUCAGUGCAGGGGAGUGCCAGGUCAGGGAGUCUAGAGUAGGUGGGUAGGUGGGGGAGCACUCUCAUAUAAGCAGACGAGGCAAGAUGAGAUGGGGGUUUCAGGAGGGAAAACCAGUCAAAAAGGAUAACAUUUGAAAUGUAAAUAAAUAAAAUAUCCAAUAAAAAUGCAAUAAAUAAAAAUAACAAUAAAAAUAACAAUAAUAAAUUGAAAAGAAAAAGAAAAAAGAAAGCCAAGGGAUAAGUAUUUAUUGGUACAUCAGACAGGAACAUUUGCAUUUCACAGGCUAAGUGAUCUCUGUGUAAUUGUGGAGAAGGAGUUAUUUACCUUAUAUAAGAAAUUUGUAAUUUUACUUUUAGAUUUUCUCAGUCUUCUUUUUACAUUUUAUGAAUUCUUGUUUUUGAUGUUCUUCUGUUUAAUUAGUUUGGUGAGAGAUUGUCCUGUUUUCUGAAACUAUAGCUUGCUAUUAUGUGUGAGUAAGAAAUUAUAUUGGGGGAUAUUUCAUUAUCAAAGUUGUUUAGAAAGAUUACUUUUUUUCUGGUAUAAGGUAAAUUCUAAGUAACCUCUCAGUACACGAUAAUGUAACAAUAUAUUGACAAAAGUAUAAAUUUACCAUGUAUCUUAAUACAAUGCAUAAUCAAUUUCAUGUUGCCUAAAUGUCUUUUGGUAUGAAUUGAAUUUUGAUGAUCCUAAAAUUAUUAUGAUAACAUUUCUCAAUUACAUAGACAUUUAUUUUAAAAUGUAUCCAUGUACUAAGCCACCCACCAUGAGAACAAGGCAGCAAACACAAGGGCCUGCAUAGUCUUGAUCUGCAUCUGGUCCUCUGCAAAUGUAUUAUAGUUUUCAGUUUAGUUUUUGUAAGGGACCCCUGAGCCUGUGAAUGAGUGGGUAUCUCACUCAUGUGUUCUCUUGGGCUCUUUUCCUUUUGUUGAUGAUUUUUGUUUCAACUGAUAUUUUAUUUUGUUAUAUUUUAUUGUUAUCUUUUAGAAACCUAUUUUCUUUCCUUCUUUCUUUCUUGCUUCCUUGCUUCUUUUUUCCUUCCUUCCUUCCUUCCUUCCUUCCUUCCUUCCUUCCUUCCUUCCUUCCUUCCUUCCUUUCUUCUUUUUCUUUUUUUCUUUCUGUUGUAUUUUGUUUUUCAAAAAGGGUUUCUUUGUGCAGCACUUGCUGUCCCGAAACCCACUCUGUAGAUCAACCUGGCCUCAAAGAAACAGAGAUCCAACUGCCUAUACCUCCUGAGUCCUUGGACUAAAGGUAUGGGCCACCACUCCCUAGUGCCUGUUCUGUUCUAAAAGGAGGCAGAAAGGGAGUGGAUAUGGAGAAGGGAGGGGAGGUGGGGAGAAACUGGGAAGGAUAAAAGGAGAAGAAAUUGUAAUGAGUAUAUAUUGUAAUGUGAAAAUAAUCGAUUUUCAAUAAAAGUGAUAAAAGUUACAAGAAAAAGUAGCAAAGAGAUAACAAAACAUGGUUGAUAAAAUAUGUGUGCCAGUGCGCCUAACAGGUGACUGUGGGAAACGAGAGGCAGAAUACCCAUGGGGCAGUCAAUCCAGAAAAUGUAUGUCUAAAUGUAUUACUGUACUCUUCAGUUUCUAAAUGAGUUACCAGCAUAUUUUCAGUGAUAUGCUUGCAUAAUUAACACGAUGAAUUUGGGGACUGUUUUUUCAUCAUCACAAGAAAUCGCCCCUUUGUUUUCUUUUCUGAAU